AUGGUCUCGUGUUUCCCCAACACCAUCAUCGCCCAUGUGCCCGAGUGUCCGUACGGAUGGGAGAUUGAGCAGCUGUCUUUAGGAGGAAUGUGUUACUCCGGGGUCCACAGUCCUGGAUACUAUCGCUUCAUCAUCCCAGACCUGACGCCCAGGAACCACUCGUACUGCGCCACACAGUCAGAGUACAUUCCUGGCAAAGACCCAAAGUACAUCUUCUAUAACUCCAUAGUAUCCAACGACACGACUCUGAUCGUGAGGAACCAGCCCGUGAACUACACCUUCAGCUGCAUGUACCGAGCGGCCUACCUGGUCAAUAACGCCGUCUUCAGUCAGAGAGUGGCUACAGUUUAUGUGAACAACGGCAGUAUAGGCACAUUUAGGUCACAGUUGUCUAUGACGGCCUACACGAAUUCCAAAUUCCUCUUUACAAAGGACGCUCCGUAUAUCAUCGAUACGUCAGACAUCGGGGCUGAAGUCUUCAUAGGCAUCGAGGCCAAAGGACUCAGUGGGAGAUUCCGAGUGGUCAUCAACAACUGCUGGGCCACUCCAACGCCGUACUCCACAGACAGGAAGAGAUGGAGCCUUAUCAUUAACAGUUGUGCGUCGGACCACACCGUGAGCAUAUUCGAGAACGCCAAAGACAGCCGCUCCAUGUUCAAGUUCAACUCUUUCCGGUUCCGGCGUUUGGAGAAAGUGUCGACCGUGUGGCUCCACUGUGAAGUCCACAUCUGUGACAGCGAGAGGCUCAACUGUAUCCCUAGCCCGUGUUCAGCCAGAAGCCUCACUCCACAGAGCGACCCGAACGGAGGAAUUCUCACCACAGAGUUUCUCAUCAGGGGUAUCACUGUUACUAACAAAUAA